AUGUCCGCAUCAAUAAAAUCCAUUGCAAACACAAUCAUUAUCCCCGAAAGAAUCCUCACUCGUGAUGAAAUCCAUCCCACCACUCCCCACCACCAAGAACAAUUCGAACUCACAGACCUCCCAAACAAAGACGAAGUAGUCAUCAUCGAAUAUGAUUCCGACGCCGAAUCACCAACCGCUCAAGACACAUCCAUGCGUAGAAGAAACACCCAUGGUGGUGCUGGCGCACCUAGUCAGCACUCCAUGGAAUCACGGGCAUUAAUGUAUGGAUCUGAAUCUAAUCCCAAUACAUUCCCCGACGGAGGUCUAGAGGCAAACUUAGUCCUCUUGGGAAGUUUUAUUGGCUUGAUUGCCGAUUUCGGAAUUGCGAAUUCCCUAGGAGCGAUUGAAUCAUAUGUUUCAUAUCAUCAAUUAAGUAAUAUUUCAAAAACUGAUGUCGGUUGGGUAUUUGCAUUACAUUUAGGGGUGAUGUAUCUUGGUGGUGUAUUCUUUGGGGAGGUUUUCGAUCGAUUUGGUGCUAAGAGACCCUUGAUUGUGGGCACGUUGUUUAUGUGUCUGGGAUUAUUUUGUACUGCCGAAAGUAAGACUUUAUAUCAAUUUGUAUUGAGUUUUUCGAUAUUGACGGCGAUUGGGACAAGUGUGGCGAUGUCGCCGUUGAUUGGGGCUUUGAGCCAUUGGUAUUUGAAAAAAAGGGCGAUGGCAUGUUCGAUAGCUACAAUUGGGGGAUUGGUUGGUGCUUCUGUGUUUGCGGUUAUGUUACAGAGAUUAUAUGAAACUGUGGGGUUUAAAUGGGCCAUUAGGAUUUUAAGUUUUAUUUGUUUGGCUUGUAUGUCAGUUUCGAUAGUUUUGGUUAAGGAGAGAAGAGCUAAUGAUGAGCUGCCCACAUCUUCAGAUGAUGAACAAGAACUUGAAUAUCAAAUUGUUGAUCCAGAAGAAGUCGAAACAAAAUCCCGAAUUCGACAUUGUAUUCAUUUUCUAAAAGGGGCAUUAGAUUUUUCAAUAUUAAAAGAUUCAAGAUUUGUUCUGUUAACAUUAGGAGUGUUUUUAAUUGAAAUCGUAUCAAUGACAACCUUAACCUAUCUAGCAUCCUACGCAUUAGCAUAUAAUAUCAGUGACACUAGAGCUUAUCUAUUAUUAACAAUAGUCAACCUAUGUGGAAUCCCAUCUCGAUUGAUCUCCGGUAUAUUAGCUGAUAAAUAUGGUAGAUUCAAUGUCAUGAUUGUUACAUCAAUCUUGACCACAUUAAUCAUCUUUGCAACUUGGUUACCGGCAAAGGGAAAUAUAUCAUUAUUAUACAUAUUUGGAGUAUUAUUCGGUAUAUCUACAUCAGCAGUCAUAUCGUUAAUUCCAGCAUGUACGGGUCAAAUUUGUUCUCUGGAACAAUUUGGUAAAGUUUAUGGAACUUUGUAUUUCUUUUUGGGAUUUUUGACUAUUUUAGGGAUGUAUUUUGCUUCAUUGGUAAUUGGAACGGGGUCACAAGAUCAUUUUCGAAAAUUUGUGGUGUUUGAAGGUGGGUUGUCUGCUACUAGUAUUGUAGUUUGGUUAUAUGCUAGAUAUGCUGCUGUUGGAUGGAGAUGGUGUAAGUUUUAG